CGCAACGGCGUGGGGGAGGGAGCCCCGUGUGUAUCUGUGUUGUUGUUCCGCGGCGGCGGCGGCGGUAAGAUGGCUGCCCACGGGGGCUCGGCCGCGGCUUCGGCGCUGAAGGGGUUAAUUCAGCAGUUCACCGCCAUCACCGGUGCAAGUGAAAGUGUGGGAAAGCACAUGCUGGAAGCUUGUAACAACAACCUGGAGAUGGCCGUCACCAUGUUUCUGGAUGGAGGAGGAAUUGCGGAGGAGCCUAGUACCAGUUCAGCAAGUGUCUCUACUGUCAGACCACACACAGAAGAAGAAGUUCGUGCUCCAAUUCCUCAAAAGCAAGAAAUAUUGGUGGAGCCAGAGCCUUUGUUUGGUGCUCCUAAAAGGCGAAGGCCAGCACGUUCAAUAUUUGAUGGUUUCCGAGAUUUUCAAACUGAAACUAUUAGGCAGGAACAGGAAUUAAGAAAUGGAGGAGCAAUAGACAAGAAACUAACUACCCUUGCAGAUCUAUUCCGGCCCCCAAUUGACUUGAUGCACAAGGGCAGCUUUGAAACAGCCAAAGAGUGUGGCCAGAUGCAGAAUAAGUGGCUGAUGAUAAACAUUCAAAAUGUACAAGACUUUGCAUGCCAGUGCCUCAACCGCGAUGUUUGGAGCAAUGAAGCCGUGAAGAAUAUUAUCCGGGAGCAUUUCAUUUUCUGGCAGGUUUAUCACGACAGCGAGGAAGGUCAGCGAUACAUCCAGUUUUAUAAACUGGGGGAUUUCCCCUAUGUUUCCAUCUUAGAUCCACGGACAGGUCAGAAGCUAGUAGAGUGGCACCAAUUGGAUGUAUCUUCUUUCUUGGACCAAGUAACAGGGUUUCUGGGUGAACAUGGGCAACUGGACGGACUUUCCAGCAGCCCUCCCAAAAAAUGCACCCGAUCAGAGAGCCUCAUAGACGCCAGUGAAGACAGCCAACUGGAAGCUGCCAUCAGAGCCUCCUUGCAAGAGACUCAUUUCGACUCAGCACAGGCAAAACAGGAUAGCCGCUCAGAUGAAGAAUCUGAAUCGGAACUUUUUUCUGGCAGUGAGGAAUUCAUAUCGGUUUGUGGCUCUGAUGAAGAAGAGGAGGUAGAGAAUCUUGCUAAGUCCAGAAAGUCUCCUCAUAAAGAUUUGGGGCAUAGAAAAGAGGAGAACAGAAGGCCACUGACAGAGCCCCCAGCCAGAACUGAGCCUGGCACAGCCACAAACCAUCAAGGAUUGCCAGCCAUGGAUUCUGAGGUCUUGGAGAUGUCACCUGAAAAGUCAGAUGGAAUAGUGGAGGGGAUAGAUGUAAAUGGACCAAAAGCACAGCUGAUGCUGCGUUACCCAGAUGGGAAAAGGGAGCAGAUCACUCUUCCAGAGCAAGCCAAAUUACUGGCUUUGGUGAAGCAUGUGCAGUCUAAAGGAUAUCCGAAUGAACGUUUUGAACUUCUCACCAACUUCCCCCGGAGGAAACUCUCUCAUCUGGACUAUGACAUUACCUUACAAGAGGCUGGCCUCUGUCCUCAAGAGACUGUCUUUGUACAGGAAAGAAAUUAACACCAUGGCCUGGCCUCUCUCAGCUUACCCCUUUUCUCUAUUCCUGUGAGGUACCAUGCCACUAAGUAUGCAUUUUGGUUCAUAGGACUAUAGAGCCAAGCUGGGCAAGCAAGUCACCUGCCUUUUCUUUAUCUUUCUGUCACUUGUAAAUCAGUCUCCUUCCCCUCAUCUCUGUCUUCUUUCUCUUCCUUUUUCUCACUUUGUUCUUUCUUACCAAACGUGGUGACCAAAUGGAAGAAUAGCGUCUCUCCUAGUGCUGGCAGCACGAAAUGUGUGUUCUAAUAAGUGGUCUCUUGUAUGACAGCUUUUGGGGACCUAGUGAUGUUACUACUUCUAGACUCUGUUGACAAAGAAUGGCUAGAAUCAGAAUUAAAAACAGCCCCCAUUUUUGGUAGGAAAAAGAAAUUCUUUUAACACGCGUUUUGUUCAUCAUGUAGGAAGAUGUCAUAAUGAAAUAUCCAGGCUUUUGUUCAUGUGGGAAAAGCAUCCUUUAUACUGUUGGUCAUCAUAUUUAAAAUUUCCCUCAAGGAUUCCCAUCUUCUAACUACAAGCUAUUUCCAUGGUGUGUGUUAUUGGCAGAAUCAGUGCUCAGUGUAUUGUAUGUAGCACAGGGUGGCUUUCAGUGUCCUAGCCUGAGACAGUUUUCCUUUUAUUACUCUAUCAAUUCCUCUUUCCAGUCCUAGGAUGAAACUUUAGUAAGCAUCUUGUGUCUUGGCUAGGAAGGUGCUUGCUGUUUUUGCCUGCACAGCAAAUUAGUUCCUUUGGGUCCAUUGUCUGAGUCUAAUGUAUUCUGUAGGAAGGCAGGUGUUCAAUAAUCAUGUAGUGCAAUGGCUUUGUAAUUGUAACCACUGUGGUUAUUGAUUGUCCUAUGUGCUUAAGGCAUACUUAAGUAUGUCCCAGCGAUGGGGGGGUUGGGGGGGACAACAGCCUACAGUUGAGAGUUGCUAACGAUGUUCUUUUGGUUAGAAAUAUGGAUCGUUUUUUUACCUCCAAUUGGAAUACUAUCUAAAAUGCUUUGGUAACUAAUACCUUAAUUCCUCAUGCUGUUUUAUUUUAGAAAAUAUCAAAACUGAAAGUCUCUGAGAGGAAGACCUUCAAACUCAGUUCAUAUGACAACAGUUAGUAAGAAAGAUUACUAGUAAUGGUCAGAUGUGAGUUUUUUCCUGCCAACAAAAGUCACAUUCAAAUUGUAUUUGGUGAAAGCUUUUUUCAGUAUUAUUUAGAAGAGGCCACCUGAAUCUAUAUAGUACUAUUCAUCAGCUUCACUGUAUGUUCAGUUCUCCCUUGAGCUUUAAGGAGAGUUCUCUAGCAGGGCAGGUAGUGAUUUGGUGGGAAAACCAAAACUUUAAACUGCUUAUAAAACCAUUUCUAUAGAAUGACUGAAGAUUUUGAGUGAUUCUUGAACCUGUAUACAAUCUAAAUUGUGAUUACUCAGAAACCUUUGGAUUCCUGUGUCCUUGCAGAUCUCUCUCUUGGCAACUAGGGGAUUAAAAAGAUAAGUUAAAGAGAUAUGGUGUGUUGUUAGUAUGCAAUUACAGAAUAUGGUUGUUAAUGGUUGGAUUUUGAGGGACCUCCGUAAAGAAUGGGUUAUGUUUCUCCACAAGGAAAUCAUGGAAAAUUUUGUUAUUUUUCAGUGAGUCCUUUUGAAUUAAUGUUCUUACAUUUUUUUCUAAGUCUGUGUAAGUGCUUAUGUAUAAGUAUAUAAUUGUAUAAAUAUUUAUAAAUAUAUUUAUAUAAUUACAGUUUCAUUUAUACCUUGAGUCAAAGUUCUCUCUUUUGAUUGGUGACUGAAUAAUAUCACUUUGGUGUUUUUCAUAGUGCUUGAGGCUUAACCAACAGUUCGGAUUUAUUUAGUAAACAUGUUAAUUCUUCAGUUGUAUCUCUGAACUUGAAUAAAAACUGGCUGUCUAAGGAAUAGACUCUCAGAGGCUUAAGAAAAACCAGUAGUCAAGGUCAGCAGUCCAACACUUUGGGAGCUGCAGGGUAGAAAGUGAGAAAGUACCAACUAUGCUGGCACCAGCUCCUCUGCUGGCACAGGCCCAGCUAAAGCCCACGUCAGUCAGAAAUAUGACGUCAGGCAUUUUCCCUUAGAGGGCUCUGCUGCACCCUCUUAUCCUAUCUUGAGACCCUGAGGCAGGAUGUUCAGAAGUGAGAGGGUUUAUAUAGCUCUUUUUUAUGUGCUUAGCACUGGAAUAUCCAUUUAUGAGAAACCAAAGUAAGAUGACCAAGUAUAUGUGUGAGUUAAGAGAACAUGGCAUUACGUAUCUAUCAGGCUUAGUCAGGAUGUUCAUGUAGGGGACUUUAUUUAAUGUUGGCAAGGACUAUGAUUAUCAGGGUUGGUCCAUGGGAGGAAGGAGAUUAUAUGGAUUAUACAGGAGAGAAAUAAGUGGGGUUAAUCUGCAUAAGAUAUUUGCCUUAGUUCCUCUGCAAGUUAUUUUCCUUUCAAGGGAGAGCUUCCGUUCAACAGUCAGAUGAGGUCUGUGAGGUUAGUUAAACCUAGUGAUCCCCUGUAUGUAGUAGAAACAGCUCAAAGGUUGUUUUUAAGUAAGGAGGAAAGGGACAAAAUAGACUUGAGUGACGUCUAGAGGAUGUGGAAACUUGUAGGACUUGGGGGGAGAGCAGUGCUGGGGAAGGGAGCAGCUAGCAUGUGUGGUGUGUGCUCUGUGUUCAUUUCCUCCUUCAGUCUUCAUGAAGUUCCUGCACAGUAUAUAUGCUGUCUGCUCAUUUAUGAAUGUGAGGAAAACUAGAAUUCAUACAACGCACUCAGUAUGUCAUUACUAGUAAGGGCCUAAUUAAAACUAGAGCCCAGAGUCUGUCCUUUGCCUUGUGUGGUGUGUUGUCCUAUGUCGGUUGGAGCCUAAGGUCACAUUAUUAUUAUUAUUAUUAUUAUUAUUAUUAUUAUUAUUAUUAUUACUCUAAGGUCAUCUUACUAUUUGGAUUUAUAAAUUAAGGGUCUUUGUUUAUUUAAAGACAGAAAUAGUAGUUGGGGUCAACAUUAUGGGAUUUGCACUACCCUAUAAAAAUCUUAAUUAUGCCCUUUUUUUUUUUGAAUUUGGUUUUUUUGAGACAGGGUUUUUCUGUGUAGCCCUGGCUGUUCUGGAAGUCACUCUGUAGACCAGGCUGGCCUCGAACUCAGAAAUCCACCUACUUCUGCCUCCCAAGUGCUGGGAUUACAGGCGUGCGCCACCACCGCCCGGCUAAUUAUGCCAUCUUAAAGAAAAGAUAUAAUUAUUUUUUCUGCUAGAUUAUCUACAAUAGAUUAUUAAACAACUCUUUGUUUUUAUACCAUUGUUUUAUCUUGUAUCCAAAUGUACUGUAUUAGUGCUCUAUUGAGUCUGUAAUCAAAAGUUGGAAAUAUUUUGAAAGCUAAGUUCUGGUUUGACUGUUUUAUUUAGUUAGGGAGUCAUCUAUAUACAUGAAUAACAACUAGAAGGUGAAUUUUAUCUCUUUCAGCAUUAAACUGUUAUUACAGUAGGAACUUAAAAUUAAAGGGUAGUGUGAGUUUAGUUAGAGGUAUCUUCGCAGAGAAGAAAUAUAAAUAUGACAAGCACUGUAGCUGAUUCUUCCACCCUGCGUACUAAAUACUAGAUUUGAAGCAUGAAGUAAAUCAGGAAGACACGACCUUUGCCCAGGUACUAAAGGAUUUUGAGCUCCAGUACUAAAAAACCCUUUAAUUAGCAAGGAUCUCACUUGAACACUUAAGAAAAACAUCAGAGGGGCUCCUGAAAAGUGAAGGCAAGAUUUCUCUCCCUGGGUGCAAUGCAUGGUGUUUGGUACUAAGAUGAAGAACCUGCCUGGUGGGGUCAGUGCACCUCCUGUCGGGAACAGCUUUUCUUCCUCUGAAUCUUGGAUUUCUUUUUUGAAAAACAGAAUUGGACUAGAUUAAUAGUUCUUUGUCUUUUCAAGUCAGAGGACUUUCGAAGUUUGAGGUUUUGUCCUGAGUGGGCAAUGGUAGGGUCAACUACUAACAGAGUUAACCUCAUGGGAGAAGUGUAAAUGUGCACCUGGGGUCACAGCCCUGUGAAGAACUUAUGUCUGCCCCACCGGUUUAAGCAUCCAGUUAUUUUAUGACAUCCUCAGACUAAUUAAAAGUAUAAAAACUGUGCUUGUCAAUCAGUUCCUUUGGGGUUUUCCCCAGCAUUCAAGUAUCUUUUGCCCAAUCUUUUACAGACCUGAAAUCCCUCAGUACAAUAGUUACAGAUCUAGUGAUCUUUAAAUAGCUGAAUAUUUGUUUUUUAAAACGUAAUACUGUAAGCCUAUUGAAUCUUAAAAAUGGCUUCAAUGUAGUGAAUGCAGAACAAAUAAUGUCUCCAAUACUGGAACUGUAUUUGUGUGCUUUAAGCUAAGGGUGGCAGUUACAAAGCUGAAUUGUGUGAGUUGUGAAGUUGAGACUUGGUUUGGGUAGAUGUGACCUUUUUAAGAUUUCCAUCAAGUUGAUAUUUAAAACUAGUUCUUCUCCCAUAGGAUGGAUAUUUGUCUCACCUUUUAGAGAUCUUUCAUUUAUUUGAUAGUAAGUUUCAGAAUACAAAAUUAUGAGUAAUGCCUUGUGUAAAACUAAAACUUGAAAAGUAAUGAGGGUAGGAAGAGCCAGCCCUGCUCGGACGCACACCUUUCCAGCGGCUUCAGCCUCAAGGAGUUGGCUGCUUCCAAGCAAUCACUCCACCCUGAGGUGCUCCCCAGCCCCCGAGCGGAUGGACGCCUACAGGCCCUGUGAGCAGGGAGCAAAUCCCACAUCACUGGUUUGCCUUAUUUAACAGUUCGGUUCUUUACUGUGAAACUUAGAGUACCUAGUCCACAGUAGGGUGGGGCAAGAAUGUUCUUCAGAACUCAAAAUAACCAAAGAGUACCAUUCCAAUAUAUUGAUUUCUCGUAUAAUACAGAGAAUUAAAUGUUUCAGAGAUGAUUAUUUGGAUUUCAGACUCACCUUUGUGUCAAUUCUGAUAAUGAGACAGCAUAGAAUUAAAGGUAUUUGACUUGUUUAUUUAAGAACAGAGGUUAUCAUAGCUUUGGUCAGUUUCUUUGUUUUGUUUUGUUUUUUAAAGACAGGUUUUCUCUAUCUAAUAGCCCUGGCUGUCCUGGACUCUUUGUGGACCAGGCAGGCUGACCUCAAACUCAUAGAGAUCUGCCUGCCAAGUGUUGUGACUCAAGGUGUGUGCCACCACACCUGGCUGGUUAGUUUCUUUAUUAAGGAACUCAGGUGGCCAGUUUAUUGGAUAUGAUGAAACCCUGAAGUUGAACAUCAGUUUAAUCCUUUAGUCCAUUUGGGGGUGGGAGUAUCUUUUAUUUUGUUUUCAAAUGUUUAUCAGUUCAGGUUAACCUCUCCUCUCCUCCUCCUCCACUUUCUCUUCUUCCUCUUCUUUUUUUUCCUUUGAGACAAGUUUUCUUUAUGUAAUCCUGGUUGUCCUGGAUCUGGCUGGCCUCUUAAGUGACGUAGUUAGCUGAACAUGACCUUGAACCUCUGGGUCUUCCUUGGGUUAGAGUGAGCUACAUGUCUGUCUCUUCUUCAUUCUUUUUCCUCCAAAACUGGUUAUGCUAUUUAAUACACUUAGCUAUGUUUUUAAAAUUAUAUUUCUAAGCCUUAAUGUAUAAUAUUUCUUUUUUUUAUAAGUUAAUAUAAAAGAAUAUUUUGAGCAAACAUCGUUUUUUACAACUCAUUUCUUCCCUAAGGCGAAUUCUUGCUCCAUGUAAGAGGGUGGCUGGCUCUGUGACAAACCUCCAAGGUAGCUGGCUUGUUUGGUUGGUUACAGGUUUUCGGUUGCCCUAACUAAAUCUCACCAUUUUCAUAAACAUUUUGUUUUUUAAAAAAACAACUCCUGAACCAGCACACUCAGUAGCCCAGACCGGCCUGGAACUCACUAGCCCUAGGUUGGCCUUGAGCUCUUCUGGGAUUAGAGGGGCCGAGCCACUACACCUGCUUAACCUGAUUAAUUUUGACUAUGUUUUUAAUAUGGCCUGUAUGCCUUAUAACCACAAAAAAGCUUGGACAAUUCAUAUAAAUUACUAUUAAGAAUAAUGAAGACGUUAUUAAAAUUUGCUUGUGGGGCUGAAGAGAGAGCUUUUAGCUUAGCAGUUAAGAGCACUUGUUCUUGCAGAAGUCCUAGGUUUGAGUCCCAGCAACCAUAUAGUCGCCCACAGCUCUAUAACUCCAGUUCUCAGCAAUGCAACUCUUCUGAGUCUGAGACCACCCAGCACACACAUAGGACGGAAGCUGAGGCAGGAGGAUUGCUAGUUCCAUGUCAACCUGAAGUUAACAUACUAAGACCUUAACUCAAAUCCCACUUUGCCUCCCCUGUUUUGAAUAUGCCUGUGGUUUGCUGUGCCCCGCAUUGGUACAUUGCAUUGCUCUUCUAAUACCAACUAGAGAUCAUUAUUCUUUCAAGAAUUAUAAUUAAAGCUAUUAUAAUGCCUCAUAGAAGUGUCUACAUGAACACAAGUCUCAUUGGCCUGAAAGAAAAUAGUGUGAUAUAGAAGUAUUGGUUUAUAUUUUGUUUAUGUUUGGUUUUAUAAGAAGCUGGGAAACAUGGGGCUGACGAGAUGACUCAGCAGUUAAGAGUUAACCUGGGCGGGUUUAGUUCUCAGUCCCCACCCCAGUGGGCCACCACCAUCCUAACUCCAACCCCAGGGGAUCCAAUGCUGUCUUUUGACCUCUGAAGACUUCUGACUUUUUAUACCACUAGACAUGCAUGUGGUACACAUACGUGCAGGCAAAACAAUCAGAUAUACAAAAU